AGGUACCAUUUGACAGUAUAUAUUUUGAUGCUGAACAAAAUUCCAAAUAUUCUGCUGAAGAAGCUAUGGCAUACACAGUGAAAGGUUUGGAAAAAUCUUGUUUCGAUUUUCUAAGCACGCUGGGAUUAUAUUAAAACUUACCUAUAUAAUGAAUCAACUUGAUGGCGCUCAACUUAUUUCAAGACAUUCCUAACAACUAUGACCUGAAUGUUUAUAAUCUGUGUAGACAGUUGUUUGAAACUUCUACAAAUACUCAAGAUCUCUGGAUAGACAAGGCAUUUUACGCAACUACUAAAUACGGAUUGAUGUGAUUGUCUGAGAAUCAAUACUGGUAUCCUAACCGCUAAGCAUUUCAAAAUUUAUCCUGACCUGGAAGAAUUAAAAUAAGUUUCAGGAAAUUAGUUCAUCUAAUCUAUCUAAUAAGAAAACCUAUUUUUCAUUGUAACUUCACGUUUAUCAUUCAUAAUAAUGGUUUUGAACUUGGCGUACAUAUCUUUUACUUUCUAUAUAUGGAGGAAUAUUUUCAGAAAUGUCUGUUAUUUAAGACUCUAACUUGACUGCUAUCAGUUCUUUAUCGUUUCCGUUACUUUCCUUUAGAGAAAGUAGUUCUUAAAAGUAUGUUAAGUUAAUUGUAACAAGCAUCAAGCAUCUAAAAAAGUUAUUGUUUGGCAUCAAUACUAACAUAUCUAUUUCUGAUGUUUAGAAUUAAUAAUGAAUGAUCGAAAAUCGCAAUCACAAUCUUUGCACUUUAGUGACGGUAUCAUCGAAUUUAAUGAUCAAGAUAAAAAAGAAUAUUCUGAAAUCACUUCUUCAAAUAAUGUUCUGCUACGCUUUAUCGAUUGGUUUGGAGAGAAACUAGCUUGGAGCUUGGGUAUUUCUUCACCCAAGUAUUAUUAUAUCAUUGAAAAUACGCUGUCAUCGCAACAAAAUGUCAUCGGUUUGGGCGACUUAGAUGAUCCUCAUGUUGCUAUUCUUCAGAAUCCUGCUGCAGUUGAAAACAGUCCUCAUUCAUUUUCUCUAACAGGAUAA